UUCAAAGCAUUUACAUUGAACGCGCGAGCAGGCAGAGACCUGUGGUUAGUUUAAAACUUAUUAUUUCAUUUCAUGUGUAAAGUAACAGGAAACUACUGGGUAAAGUGUGAAGAUGAUCACCACCUCAACCAGGAAGAGGAAGCUGUCUCCUCUSAACUCUGACAGUCGCUCUGCUAAGAAGAGGAAGAGUGAGCAGGAGUCACCGGUGAAGAGGACGUCUCCACCUCAACCAGCAGGCUCCCCAUCCAGUUUGCCUGUGAAGCCCUCCGUGGUGACGAGCUCCUUCUAUGGCAAACAGAAGAGCAUCUAUCUGACCCCACUGGAGAGGAAAGCUCUAAAGGAGUCUCUACCUCCUCCUGCACCUCCCUCCUCACCUCCUCCUCUGACCAAGAAGAUAAAACAAAAAGGCAAAGCAAAGAAGACGUCUGCAGGUUCUGGUAAAGGAGGGAAGAAGAGCACCAGCKUCUCCAUGUUGUCUACCAAGGUGAAGAAGCAGCCUCAGGUCAACACCAGUGUUUCAGAUAAAGCCACAGCGUCUGUCAGCAGCAGCAAACCAGCAGAGAUGAAGAAAGCCAUCACCAUCAGCUUCAGCAGCCUGAAGCCCAAACCCAAGAUCUUUGUGGGAGCUGCUUUCUUCGGUACCGGGAAGAAACCCRUGUCCAUGUUCAAGAAAUGUAUCCCCAAGUCUUCAUCCAGACCAGCUUCAGUCGCAGCCAAAAACAAACCUGCAAACGACAAGAAGCUGAAACAGCAGCAGGUCGUUCAAGACCUGAACCGACCAGAACCUGACCAGGAGAACGUUCCAGAAGAAGGUUCUGGACCUGACUUGGAUCUGAGUAAAAUAAGCCCCCCCAGUGCUGCUACCAGCCCCCCCAAUGAGUCUGCAGCUGUGUACCCCAUCUUUGGUUCUGUGUCUAAAAGGACAAAGGCGUCAGCUCUGCGACACACUUCCUGCAGCGCCCCCUCUGGUUCCUUGGUGACAUCACUGCAGACCACCUCUGCAGCCGUGAAGGAACGAAGCCUUCGCCGGAGGAAGGAGAAGCAGGCCAGUGACCAACUCAUCAU